ACAUGCAGAAAGAGGAGAAACAGUGGAAGGGACCCCAAAAGAAAAGCAAAAGUACCAUAAGAUGGAAAAUGUCCAAGGAAGACCCUCAAAGAAAGAGCAGGACAUCAUCACAGAUCCCCAUCCCGAGGAGAUGCACCUCAACCUGGACAACUAAGAAGGAACCAAGAGAUGAGCAGCUCAUCCACUGCCAGACCAUCCCAGAAAGACGCUUCUCCACUGACCGAGCUCAUGAAAUAAUCAAACACAUUGUUGAUGAAAGACUGGAGACUGUCGAGUACAGCUGCUCAUGCUCAGACAUCUCCAAGGAACUGUCUGACUGCAUUAAGACAGCUGUAAAGAAGCUGCUGUACGAUCGAUAUAAGCUGGUCUGUUAUGUGGCCAUCGGGCAGCUGAAGGAUUCGGUGGUGAACUGCUCCAGUAGAGCCAUCUGGAGUCCAAGUUCAGACACGUUCACUGAAUAUAUCUAUAAAAACAGAUCCUUAUUUGCUGUUUGCAUCUUGUUUGCAGUGUAUAAAGAGUAGUGUAACUGAUCAACUGGAAUUAAAGUGUAAAGUAAGCUAUACAUAUGUAUAGUUAUAGUAAAUACUCUGGAAAAUGUGAACAUUUUAAAUGUCAAAAUGAAAUGAAAAUACUAUUUCAGUCUUUCUCUGCUUCAGAAUUUCAUGUUUAAUUCAGUGUUACUUGCUGUUUCUGUUUCUAAUUGUCAAAUUUACUAGCAGCUUGAGUGAAAAUUGAAUGUACACCAUUUUUUAUUUCAGUCUAUAACAUUAAAAAACGUUCUACUAGAGCAG